AUGAUCGGUUCACUUCUCUCCUUCCUCUUCGCCGCCGGCGCGCUGGCCCAAACGCCACCUGGCAGCUUCGCAUACACCAGGAAUAACUUGGGAGCGGCAUUUCAGAACGCAACAAUCACCCCUGGAGUCUGGAUUAGCCCUGAUGACGUCAGUGAUCAGCCUGCUAUCUGGCCAGCGAGCAAGAAAAUGCACCGAGACUCGAAUUACAUGAUUAUCAUGAUGGAUUUGAACAUUCCCGACUCCGAUGUUACUACCGCAUCAUACUAUGAUACCUUGGUGCCUGGUCUCGCCACCAACACGACCACCCGGGUCCACUGGUGGGGCGGCAACUAUACCAUCGAGAAUGGCAAAUUUGUCAACUCAAGCGAUAGUCUUGCAGAGUACACAGCUCCACGUCCUCGCGAUAGUACCAACCAUACUUAUAGCUUAUACUUGUUUGAUCAGCCAGCUGGUUAUGUUCCUCCCCAGGCUGCACUGGAUGGAACAUACUACUCACAAACUACUGAUGCUCGUUUCAACUUCAGUCUCACGCCUAUCGUGGAGGCCGUUGGAGAGCCCGUGGCAGCCACUUACUUUUUGAGUGAUGAGGUAUAA